AAGGGGCAUUAAGGAAGACUCUUGUUGGGAUGAGCACUGGGUGUUAUAUGUAGGGGAAUCACUGGAUUCUACUCCUGAAAUCAUUAUUGCACUAUAUGCUAACUAACUUGGAUGUAAAUUUAAAAAUAAAUAAAUAAUGAAAAAGAUGACGAAUUAAAAAAAAAUUAAAACCUCAAUUCUACCUUACACUCAAUAAACAUUGUUGAAUGACAUUAAUUGCUCUACCACUCUGAGAUUAAAUCUGUAAUUUUAAAAUAAAAUAAAAAUAAAAAUAAAACACGUAGCACAUUCCUCUAUGUGUGUAAAAUUUCACUUAAAUCACCUAAAUAAAGAUUGGCAAUUUAAAAAAUGUUAUCAUAUAUCUGUCAUUAAGUUGAUCCCUGGGUAUUAUUUUUGUUGUUGCUACUGUGAAUGGGAUCUCUUCCCCUCCCCCAUUACCACCAUAAUGUUUUCAAUCUAGAAAUGUAUUUACUUUAUUCCCCAUUUUAUAGAUAAGAGGCCCAGAGAAUAUCGGUGACUGGGCUAUGGUUAUAGAGUGGGAGAGUUGGGGACUGCAGAUUUUGAACAUCUGAAUUUUAUUGUGCUACAAUAGGAAAUGAAGUUGCUUAUCCGGUCAAACUUUAUUAAAAUUAAUAGUCUCUUAAGUAUGACUUUCUUUGGUUUUUUUUGUUUGUUUUCUAUUUUUUUAUUGUUUUUUUAUUUUAAUUCCAAUAUAGUUAACAUACAGUGUUAUACUAGUUUCAGGUGUAUAAUAUAGUUAUUUAACAAUUCUAUACAUUACUUAGUGCUCAUCAUAAUAAGUAUCACUUUUUUUGUAUCAGAUUGCAAAGUAGUACUAUACGUUUUAUAGCACAUCUCCAGUUUUUAGCAUUGUCAAUUUGAAAUACAGUGUCAGGACUUGAGAAACUGCCUCUCAUCUCCAUUCAAUUCUCCCAAGACCUGAUUCCUACCAGACAGGAACUAUUUUUUCUUUGAGGUCUACAUAGACCUAACAACCUAUAGCACUGAGUAAAUAUUUAAUGAAAAUUGAAUAUUUCCUCUGUGGUGGAUCAAUUUACUCUUGUUGAUUAUCUGAAGAAAGCAUUUUUUUUUGUUUUUAUUUUAUGUCCUGUAGUAGGUUAAGAAAUUUGUUUUCCUGAAUAUUGUUACUAAUGCCAAAGUUUGUUUCAGUGAUAUAAUCCAUGUCUCUUAGUUGUUUUUUUUUUAGCCAUCUAUUUUUCCUGGUUUAUUUAUGCAAUUUGAAUUAUUAUGUUAUCUCAAAUACACGUGUGAGAUUCACUGACUUGGUAGCAUGCAAUAACGUCAUUUGCUGUAAGGAUUGUUUUUUCUUGAAUUCAUGGUAGUUGGAGCUCUGAAAAUGAAAAAUAUUUGCUAAUGAGGUAUAAGGAUGUUGAUGGUACAUUUUUUAAUGGCAGAAAUAUAAUUUUUAUUGAUAAAUAUCUCCAAAAACAUAAAAAAUUUUUAGUUGACAAAAAUGUGUCUUUCUUGUAUUUUUAACUAUCAGCAUAUAUUUAAUUGUAUUAUUCAAAAUUUUUCUUAACUGAUUUUAGCUUUCAGUGAAAUAUAUAUUUGCCUGUGAGUCUUUAAAUAUAUGAAGUUAGUGACAUAGCUUGAAAGUUUCAACUUGUAAAAAUGAAAUCACUAUAGUGGAAUCAUUUAGUGCAAGUUGUUAAUGUGGCAUUCAAUUGGAAUUUAUCAGAAUCAAUUAGAAAAACAAACUUCUCAUUUAAUGAAAAAAACAACAACAAAGAAAACAGGGAAAACUGUGCAUAUAUAUUUCAUCCUCUUUCCACACUAAGACUCAUGUGAAUGUAAUUUUGAAAUAGAGAAUUCAUGCAUACUGACAAAAUAUCCUUCAUUUUUAAGGAAUAACUUCACUGUGUUUCACAUUUGAUGACUGCUGGGACCUAUAUUUCUAUGUAAAUAACUGUUGACAUUGUUUGAUGUUUAUUUCACUAGAGGAAAAUUGUAUGAUGACACUUAUAGUACAUAUUUGAUAACAAGGGUAGGUAAGAUAAAUCAGUUGAGUCAUAGUGGUCUGAUAUCUGUUUUUGAGGUCUUUUUGACCCAGGAGUGUAUGACCUGUGAAAUCUGUACUUUGUUGGAUAAGAUAUUUUACAAUGCAAGGAUUUAAAUUUAGAUGAACAUCACUGCAGGAAGUUGGCUGAUGUGGCCAGAAACAUUGAGUAUCAAAGUAUAAAUUGGAAAAAGUUUAAGAAGUUCUGACAACAAUUAACAUAUGUGAGAAGAGAGAAGCUAAAGAAAGUUUCUUUUCUUCCCCCACUUAUAACAAAGAGAACCUGAAAUUUAACCUGGUAUUUUCAAAGCUCUAAUUACUCAGCAGCAUUCCAUUUUGUGAAAGCUUUGCCAAGAAAAUGUACCCAAAUCUUGAGUUACAGACCGUUCUUGCAUCUGAUUGGAAGGGGCAUAGGAGUUGUUUGUAAGGUUGCAGAUCCAAAGCCGCACAAAUGAAGGUUGAGACUUGGGGGAGGGUACGACUCAGGGAAGGGAAGUUUCGUAGACGUUACAGCCUCUGUCCAGAGGCCAAAUGGGAGAUAAAUCACCUCUGGCCACCUCUCUUAUUAUUGAAAUGGUUCAGCCCUGGGGUUUAACUGAAGGACUUACAGGGUUUUGAAGUGCAAAUAGGAUGGUGAAGGGUAAACCCUUUUAGGGUUUCAUUUUGAUGGAUUUUUUUCCUGUGUGGAUUUCUGGCACUGACUGUGAUCUGGAAGGGGCCCUUAAAAAAGAAAAGUUUUGUUUUGUUUUUGAUCAAUCAGGCAAUAAGAACUUUCCACAGGGGUGUACUUUUCCUGCAUGCAUAUCGAUCCUAUUGUGUUUAAAACAGUGUGGUGGUUCCUGAGAGCAUCUGUCACUUUAGGCAUUACAAGAUGGAUGGGUCUCCAGUGAACUGCUGGUUGAAGCAAAUGGUGAAAAUAAGAAAAGACAAGGGGUUUCGGGGUCUGCAGAAAGGACAGACAACAAGGAAACACUGUUAGAAAUCAAGAGUAAGCUGAGCAAUAGAGAAAGAGAGAGCAAAGAUGGAUCAUAUGUCAUUUUAUAAACAUCUUGGAAAUCAGAGGCUUUUGGUGGCUACUGUGAUCUGAGGGGCACGACUGCAUCAUGACAUUCUUCUGACAGUAGGAGAGGUGCAAAAAAGCUUUAAACAAGUAAAAUCUAGACAACAGGCUCCCUGAAGUAUUGACAGCCCAACUUAAUCAUGACCGUGAUUCAAAAAUGUUAAUAAAUAAACCAAGACCAUGGGGAAUUCAUAUGCUGGGCAACUGAAAUCUGCUCAAUUUGAGGAAGCUCUCCACAACUCCAUAGAAGCCUCUCUCAGAUGUAGUAGUGUGGUUCCACGGCCAAUUUUUUCCCAGCUGUACCUGGACCCUGACCAGCAUCCUUUCUCAUCUGCAGAUGUAAAACCCAAGGUGGAGGAUCUGGAUAAAGAUUUGGUACACCGCUACACUCAAAAUGGAAGCCUGGAUUUUUCUAACAAUCUAACAGUUAAUGAAAUGGAAGAUGAUGAAGAUGAUGAAGAAAUGUCUGAUUCAAAUAGCCCACCAAUUCCCUAUUCACAAAAACCUGCCCCAGAAGGGUCUUGCACUACAGAUGGCUUUUGUCAAGCAGGAAAGGAUUUGCGUUUGGUAUCUCUUUGUAUGGAACAAAUCGACAUCCCAGCAGGAUUCCUCCUGGUAGGGGCCAAGUCUCCCAAUCUGCCUGAACACAUCCUCGUGUGUGCUGUAGACAAGCGAUUUCUACCAGAUGAUCAUGGGAAAAAUGCACUUUUAGGGUUUUCUGGAAACUGUAUCGGCUGUGGAGAAAGAGGAUUUCGGUAUUUCACAGAAUUUUCCAACCAUAUUAACUUGAAGCUCACCACCCAGCCAAAGAAGCAGAAGCACUUAAAGUACUACCUAGUCAGAAGCUCCCAGGGUGUACUGUCGAAGGGACCUCUUAUCUGCUGGAAAGAAUGUAGAAGCCGACAAUCCUCUGCCACUUGCCACUCUAUGAAACCAAACUCUUCAGUAUCAUCAACUGUGACACCAGAAAAUGGCACAACUAAUGGAUACAAGUCAGGAUUCAUUCAGACAGAUUCACCGAUUCUCAGUCCAGCUAAUUCUGCAAUCAAUUUAAGUGGAGCUCAGGACCUGACCCGGAAUAAGAAUGUUGUGAAGCCACUGGCUUUAUCUUUGCAGGUUGUAGGGAAGACUUUUGCUGCAGAUGCUGCUAAUGGAAACAGUAGCCAUGGAGCGAAGAGCAGUGCCUCCAGCUCUACUCCAGCCCGCCCAGGAAAUUACUCAUUAUCACCAAGACCUAGCUAUGCAUCAGGAGACCAAGCUACCAUGUUUAUUUCUGGGCCACCAAAGAAACGACACCGGGGAUGGUAUCCUGGGUCACCUGUCCCCCAACCUGGUUUAGUUGUACCUGUUCCUACAAUUCGCCCUCUUUCAAGAAGUGAGUCCCUUUUAUCUGCCCCAGUUCCACAGACCCCAUUAACUGGAAUUUUACAACCUCGACCCAUUCCUGCAGGGGAAACUGUAAUUGUUCCUGAAAACCUGCUGACUAACUCAGGAGUUAGACCAGUAAUUCUGAUAGGCUAUGGCACUUUACCCUAUUUCUAUGGAAAUGUUGGUGACAUUGUUGUGAGUCCUCUGCUGGUGAAUUGCUACAAGAUUCCACAGUUGGAAAACAAAGAUUUGGAACAUUUAGGGUUGACUGGCAGCCAGCUCCUGAGUGUGGAAAACAUGAUUCUUCUGACGAUACAGUAUCUUGUGCGACUGGGUCCUGAUCAGAUACCUCUCAGGGAAGAAUUUGAGCAAAUCAUGCUGAAAGCUAUGCAAGAAUUUACUCUGAGAGAGAGAACCCUGCAGAUGGGUGCUCAGUGUGCACCUGUGUCUCCAGGACAGCUCCCCUGGCUGGCUAGACUAAUUGCCAGCGUAUCUCAAGACUUGGUUCAUGUGAUUGUGACCCAGAACUCUUUGGCAGAGGGCAUUUCAGAGACGUUGAGGACUCUCAGUGAAAUGAGACACUAUCAAAGACUACCAGAUUAUGUCGUGGCAAUUUGUGCAUCGAAAAUCAGAGGAAAUGAAUUUUGUGUGGUAGUACUAGGUCAGCAUCAGUCCAGAGCUCUGGCAGAGAGUAUGCUCACCACAAGUGAGUUUUUGAAAGAAAUUAGUUAUGAGCUCAUCACAGGAAAGGUCAGUUUCCUGGCAUCGCAUUUCAAAACCACAUCAUUAGGCGAUGACCUGGACAAGCUUCUAGACAAAAUGCAACAAAGAAGAGGAGAGAGUGUGGUUACGCCCUUCAACGGAGACCUUCACGAAUGUGUGUCAGCUCAGGAGGCUGCCACUAUGAUUCCCACGCAAAACCUGGAUUUAGAUAUUGAAACCUUCCAAAUUUAUCAACCACAGCUAACGGUUGCCAGAAAACUCUUAUCCCAGGUGUGUGCUAUAGCAGACAGCGGCAGCCAGAGCCUGGACCUCGGCCACUUCAGCAAAGUGGACUUCAUCAUCAUUGUCCCAAGAUCGGAGGUUCUGGUCCAGCAAACUCUUCAACGGAUUCGACAAUCAGGUGUCCUUGUAGACUUGGGUCUGGAGGAAAAUGGGACAGCUUAUCAAAGAGCAGAGAAAUAUGUUGUUCGUCUAGACAAUGAGAUUCAAACCAAAUUUGAAGUUUUUAUGAGAAGGGUGAAACAGAACCCGUACACACUGUUUGUGCUAGUUCAUGACAACUCCCAUGUGGAACUAACGAGUGUCAUUUCGGGCUCUUUGUCACAUGGUGAACCUAGUCAUGGAUUGGCUGAUAGAGUCAUUAACUGCAGAGAAGUUCUGGAAGCUUUCAACCUGCUGGUGCUCCAGGUUAGCUCAUUCCCAUACACACUACAGACCCAACAGUCUCGUAUCAGCUCCAGCAAUGAGGUUCACUGGAUACAGCUGGACAACAUGGAGGACAUGAGCUGUGAGGAGAAGUUGUACUUUGGCCUGAAUGAAUACAGUAAGUCUCUACAGUGGGGAAUCACAAGUCCACUUUUGAGAUGUGAUGAGACUUUUGAAAAAAUGGUGAACACACUCUUGGAAAGGUACCCCAGGCUACACAGCAUGGUCGUCCGCUGCUACCUUCUCAUCCAGCAGUACUCAGAGGCUCUGAUGGCCCUCACCACCAUGGCGUCACUCCGAGACCACAGCACACCAGAAACACUCAGCAUUAUGGAUGACCUCAUCAGCUCCCCAGGAAAAACCAGAAGUGGGCGGGGACACAUGCUCAUUAUCAGGGUGCCCUCUGUGCAGCUGGCGAUGUUAGCCAAGGAGCGGCUGCAGGAGGUGCGCGACAAGCUGGGGCUGCAGUACCGCUUUGAGAUCAUCCUUGGGAACCCUGCCUCUGAACUCAGUGUUGCAACCCACUUUGUGGCACGAUUAAAGACCUGGAGAGGAAAUGAACCAGAAGAGUGGACCCCUCGGACAUACCAAGAUUUAGAAGGUCUGCCUUGUAUUGUGAUACUAACUGGCAAAGAUCCUCUUGGAGAAACCUUUCCCAGGUCUUUGAAGUACUGUGACCUCCGGCUCAUCGACUCAAGCUAUUUAACUCGCACAGCCUUGGAGCAGGAGGUGGGUCUGGCCUGCUGCUAUGUCUCCAAAGAGGUCAUCCGAGGGCCUGCUGUUGCCCUGGACCUUAGUGGGAAGGAGCAGGAGAGAGCUACCAUCAGCGAGAACGACUCUGAUGAGUUGCUGAUCGACCUGGAGAGGCCACAGAGCAACAGUAGUGCUGUCACUGGAACCUCAGGCUCCAUCAUGGAGAACGGGGUGAGCUCUUCCAGCGCGGCUGAUAGGUCCCAGAAGCUGUCGCUGACCCCCAGCUUCCAGAGCCCGGCCAACAGCAUGGGCCUGGAUGAAGGGGUCUCCGCAGGCACAGGGGGAGCCGGGGAGACCCUGAAGCAGGAGUGUGAUUCCCUGGGCCCCCAGAUGGCCAGCAGCACCACCUCCAAGCCGUCGUCGUCGUCCUCCUCCUCCUCCUCGGGACCCCGGGCCCUGUCAUGGCCCGGGCAGCUGCCCCAAGGCUGCAGGGGCCUGCACGCCGCCCUGCCCCCCAUCGUGAUCUUAUCGAAAGCGGCCUAUAGCCUGCUGGGCUCGCAGCGGGGAGGCAAGCCGCCCGCGUCCUCCUCGCUGCUGCCACACGCCGACGUGGCCUGGGUGAGCUCCCUGCGGCCGCUGCUACACAAGGACAUGAGCAGCGAGGAGCAGUCCCUCUACUACCGGCAGUGGACCUCGGCUCGUCAGCACCACGCCGACUUCAGCAACCAGCCAGACCCCGCCUCUGGCGCCCGCGCCUGCCACCCUCGGCGGCUGCUGCUCACUGGGCCCCCCCAGGUGGGAAAGACGGGCUCCUAUUUGCAGUUCCUUAGGAUCCUCUUCCGCAUGCUCAUCAGGCUCCUGGAGGUGGAUGUGUAUGAUGAGGGAGAGAUCAACGCGGACCACAGUGAAUGCAGUGGAGUCAGCCAGGCAGAGGGAGAGCCCUGGCCUGACAUCGAGAGCUUCAGUAAAAUGCCCUUUGACGUCAGCGUGCAUGAUCCCAAGUACAGUUUGAUGAGCCUGGUAUAUACUGAGAAGCUGGCAGGGGUCAAACAAGAAGCAAUAAAGGAUUCCAAAGUUGAGGAGCCCAGGAAGCGAGGAACCGUGUCCAUGAUGCUGACCAAAUACGCGGCCUACAACACCUUCCACCACUGUGAGCAAUGUCACCAGUACAUGGACUGCACCUCUGCCUCCCAGAUGUCUGACUCCACCCUUCAUGCAUUCACAUUCUCAUCCUCUAUGCUGGGAGAAGAGGUGCAGCUCUACUUCAUCAUUCCCAAAUCCAAAGAGAGUCAUUUUGUCUUCAGCAAGCAGGGUAAACACCUGGAGAGCAUGCGGCUGCCCCUGGUUUCAGACAAGCAGAAUUUGAAUGCAGUCAAGAGCCCUAUUUUCACUCCUUCCAGUGGUCGCCAUGAGCAUGGACUCCUAAACCUUUUUCACGCCAUGGAGGGCAUCAGCCACCUGCAUCUUCUGGUGGUCAAAGAAUAUGAGAUGCCGCUGUACCGCAAGUACUGGCCCAACCACAUCAUGCUGGUGCUUCCUGGCAUGUUCAAUAAUGCAGGCGUGGGUGCUGCCAGGUUUCUCAUUAAGGAGCUGUCCUACCACAAUCUGGAACUGGAGAGGAACCGCCUGGAAGAACUGGGAGUUAAACGCCAGUGUGUCUGGCCUUUUAUCGUUGUGAUGGACGACUCGUGUGUUCUAUGGAACAUUCACAGUGUUCAGGAUCAGACCAGCCAGCCCAUGGAAGCAGGAGUUUCCAGUAAGAAUGUGUCCUUGAAGAGCGUCUUGCAGCAUAUUGAAGCAACACCAAAAAUCAUCCACUACGCAAUCCUUGGCAUACAGAAAUGGAACAGCAAGCUGACUUCUCAGAGCCUGAAAGCCCCAUUCUCUAGGUGCCAUGUGCAUGACUUCAUUCUCCUUAACAUAGACUUGACUCAGAAUGUGCAGUAUGACUUCAACAGGUAUUUCUGUGAAGAUGUUGACUUUAACCUGAGAACAAACAGUAGUGGCCUGCUCAUCUGCCGCUUUAAUAACUUCAGUCUCAUGAAGAAACAUGUUCAGGUUGGAGGGCAAAGGGACUUUAUCAUUAAACCAAAGAUUAUGGUGUCAGAGAGCUUAGCACCCAUCUUGCCCCUUCAGUAUGUCUGUGCUCCCGACAGUGAACACACACUACUGGCAGCCCCUGCGCAGUUUCUCCUGGAGAAGUUCCUUCAGCAUGCUUCCUACAAACUCUUCCCCAAAGCCAUCCAUAACUUCAAGAGUCCUGUGUUGGCCAUUGACUGCUACCUUAACAUUGGACCAGAGGUGGCCAUAUGCUACAUCAGCUCCAGACCCCACUCCAGCAAUGUCAACUGUGAAGGGGUGUUUUUCAGUGGACUUCUCUUGUACCUCUGUGACUCUUUUGUAGGUGCUGAUCUUCUGAAGAAAUUUAAGUUUCUAAAAGGUGCUACCCUGUGUGUCAUCUGCCAAGACAGAAGCUCCUUACGCCAAACAAUUGUCCGCUUAGAGCUGGAGGAUGAGUGGCAGUUCCGCCUCCGAGACGAGUUUCAAACUGCUAACAGCAGUGAUGACAAGCCCCUCUACUUUCUUACUGGCCGCCACGUAUGACCUUUCGGAGACACCAAAAAUAGCAAAGGGAUGCCUAGGUGGGGUGGGGCAGAAACAUUUAUUUGGGAUUUUUUUUCCUUUAAAGUACAAUCACUGUGGAGCAAAGUGCAACAUAUUUGUUCUCCAAAGAAAUCCGCCCCUCCAACCCCAAUCUGAGGCAGGUCUCUGGGGUAUCACUCUCUUUCAGUUCCACUUUUGGGACCUUCAAUUCAGGUUAACUCCACCCUAGGCAGUUAUGCAAUUACUUAAGACAUGGUCUGCCAUGGGAGCCUGAGGAGGGUGUACUUUGGAGAAAUAACGUGGAGUUUGCAUUGUUUUUUCUACUAUACUGUGUUAGGGGGAAAACGGACUCUCAGCAUUAGCUAGCCUGAAUGUGUUACAUGAGACUCACACCACUGGUGUGGAAUUAAAUGAAGAUUAACGUUUGAGGCCUGAACCCUCAGUUUCUCUUCAGAUCUGUACUUUGGUACAGUACUACUCAGGGGUCUGAAAUGAUAGAAUGUAGAAGAUAUUUGUAUUUUAAAAAAAAAGUAGCUUUGUCUUUCUCUGUGCAGUGUUAGUUUAAGAUUUAUAAUCUUAUAUGUAUUGAAACUUUUGGCAAAAUUUCCACACGAGUUAAAAGUUUACUAUUUAAACUGAACAAACAAAUCAGUAAAUGCAGAGCAGGCACUGUAUGCAUUUAUGCAGCUUCUCCUUGCUGAAAUUCCUUUGGUUUUUUUCAUUCUUUAAAAACCUUUCCAGUCUCUAAGCACACUAUGUCUAUGAGAAUAUGGAACAGAGUUUAAACUUGUACAAGGAGAACCUAAUUCAGUAGUUGAGCCAAUUAAGAAGCUUUCAGCAGUCACCCCAUACCCACCCUGUUUGGUUGGGAUUAAGCAGUUGGCACCAGCAAAGCUAAAUGUCAGGCUCUGGUUCUGUGUGGAAUGGAACUAGUUUGUUUCUUUUCAUGGCCUCAAGCAAAGCUUCCUUUAAUAAAAAAUACACUGAAUAAAUAUCAGCUACCUUAUAUAGACAACACAAAAACUGCUGAAAUGGGAAACAGAGCCAUAGAAAGACCACUGUUUUAAUCUUACCAGUGAUUCUUUUGUGAGGAGUAAGAAAGAUUCCACUAAAAGUCUCUGACUCACUAAAAUCGGUAGGGGGUGUUUUUUCAGUACCAACAGUGUAAGUUUCUCACCAUGUAUUUUAAUCAAACCCAGACUUUUAGAAAAUGUUCUAGAACAAAUGAAGUCCUUUGAAGUUUGUGCUUAAAUUACUCUAGUUCUCAUCAUUCAACAAUUUGACAUUUUUCUCAUGAGCCCACACAUACCACUUAAAAUGGCCAUUUUUACUUGAAGUCUUACUUAUGGCCUGAAACUACUGAGAGGUGGCUGACUCAGCCUGCAUUUACUUAGAACAAAUAACGUUAACUGACCAGCUUUAUUAGCUUGUGAUAACAAGGAGUUUACAGUAGUGAAAAAAAUGGAAUGUACUAAUCUGAAAAUGGUUUGCAGAUCUCUUGGUUUUAAUAUAGCUUACGAUGCUUUAAAUGUAUUUUGAAAUGAACAAUUCCUUUAAACCCCAUUUUAAAUUCUCCUUCAACGAGGAUCUGCCUUAUGUAUACUUUAAAAAUACUCAUAAUUUCAGUACAGAAUUUUUGGUAAAGAGGUACGUUUUGAAGCAGGUUGAUUUAGAUAUGAAUGUAUUUCAAUUGUUCCUGUUUUGUUGAAAGGGCCUAAUGCAGAGGAUAUCAAGAAACCCACUGUGCAAUAUUCCAAUAUUUAUAGGGCAAAUAAAAUACUUGAAAUAAUCCCAAAACACUUGUAACUGGGGCAGAUGGCCUCUCAGGGUUUCUUCUGGCUUUAUGGCUUCAAAGUCUUUAUAAAGUGUGUUUUUUGAAAGUAGUAACCUUAGAUGCAGGUACUCCGUAUUAGGGCUGUACUCUGAAAAAUCAAAUGAUUGUGAUCUCUUAAAUACUAUUAAACCCUGUGGAAGAAAAAUGCCAGAACAAAGCCAAAGACCAUCACCCCAAAGAUGGAGAACUCAAACUGACCUGCCUAUUCUUCUCAAUGCCUAUCUUACUAAGGUUUGGAUCUUUUAAAAUCAUCUUAUCAGUAUAAUUCCUUAGAGAACGUUAGGUCCUUCUCCUUUAAGGAUAAAAUUGCACAAGCACAGGACACCAUGAUUUGUUAAUACAUACCUUGGUGUGUUCAGCUUCAAGCCUUGCCAUCCUUUAAAACAUUGUGGUAUGAAUGUGUUUGCUAGGCCUGCAUAAUUGAUCUAUAGACCUGUUGAACCUUGCCAUGUAUGACAGUUCACACAGGUUAAUACUGAAUGUAAACUAAAAUUAGAAUAAGAAUUGUUGUAUUCAAUUAUUUUGGCUGUAAUUUAUGCAACUGCUUUUUGUGAUUCUUAGAAAAGGAAGCACCUGUGUUACCUUAUUACUGUAAAAUUUUCUUAACCAAAAUUUGGUGAAUUACACUAGUCGGUCUACCUCACAUUUUGUUUAUGAUUCUAAAUUGUCUUUUAAGUUGUGUCUACCGUAUGUUGUCUUUUCAUUUAAUUUGGUAAAUGUAUUAAAAUUCUCUCCCAUCCCCUUAAA